CGAGCGGUUGCUGAGUGGCCGGGGAUGGAAGGUGAUCGGUGUUGUGUGAACGAGAUACAGCAUGGAUUAGGUCCUUCAAGCUUCAUCAUCCAGCAAACCCCAAUUUAACCCUAAUUGGGGUUAAAUCAUGGGACAAUUUACAAUGACCAGUUAACCUACUCAGUAUGUCUUCAGACUGUGGGAGGAAACCAGAGAACCUGGAGUAAACACAUGCGUUCCAUGGGGAGGAUGUACAGAGACUCUUUAGAGAAGCGCCAGGAUUGAACUCCCAAGUUCUGACUCCCUGAGCUGUCAUGGUGUUGUGCUGUUAUGCUACUGUGGCGUCACAUUCAAUAUUGAGCUCUGAUUCCUAGUAGAUAUGAAGUUCACUAAUAAUGGAGUCAAUAUUGUCAUGGAGGAACCAGAGUUGCCAGCUCUCAAGAAGAUAUGGUACUUCAGGAGGUAUUUCAAAUGUCCUUAAUUGGAGAAGCGAACCUUGUGGUGUGGAAUGAGUACUGUUUGAGAGUGUUUAAUGCUCUGAAAGAGCUAUAUGGAGAUUUUGCCUCACUUCAAAAGUAAACUGUUGAUUACUAAUCUGGAUUUUAAUUGCCUACUGAAGAAUUGUUUUUUGAGGAAGAAAAAGAUGCUAAUUAUUGUACCAGACUAAUUCUAGAAAACCAAGGCAGAAACAGAAAUGGGAACAAAUUUUGUUCAAGCUUGAUUGAGCAAAGAAAAGAGUUCAGAAACCCAAAAUUCAAUUAGCAAACCUGUUUUUCCUCUACUAACGUGCAAAGCAUUGAACUGUGAAGAAAUGGCUGUGAAUAUUACGGUGAUGUUAUUGACGCUGUAUGCACUGUCUACACUCUUCAGACAAGCUGAUGGCCACAGUAUGUUUGCCUGUGAGCCCAUUUCUCUCAGAAUGUGUCGUGACCUGCCUUACAAUAUGACUUUUAUGCCAAAUCUUCUAAAUCAUUAUGACCAACAGUCUGCAGCCCUGGCAAUGGAGCCAUUCCACCCUCUUGUAAACUUGGAAUGUUCCCAAGACCUUCAGCCAUUCCUCUGUGCAAUGUAUGCUCCAAUUUGCACUGAAUAUGGGCGUGUUACUUUGCCAUGCCGUAAGCUGUGUCAACGGGCAUAUGUGGAGUGUCAUAAACUAAUGGAAAUGUUUGGUGUCACGUGGCCUGAAGAGAUGGAGUGUGAAAAGUUUCCAGAUUGUGAUGAAGGGUAUCCACGGCAAGUUGACUCUGUUUUGGAUGGUGACCCCACAGAGGAAGCCCCAAUGGCUGUUCAGAGAGACUAUGGCUUCUGGUGCCCAAGGGAAUUGAAAAUCAAUCCAGAGCUUGGCUACUCCUUCCUUGGGGUCACAGAUUGCUCACCCCCUUGCCCUAAUAUGUAUUUUAGACGUGAAGAACUAUCCUUUGCCAGGUACUUCAUUGGGGUGAUAUCCAUUGUCUGCCUGUCUGCCACACUGUUUACUUUCCUCACGUUCCUCAUUGAUGUGAAACGGUUCCGCUAUCCAGAACGCCCAAUAAUCUUUUAUGCAGUCUGUUACAUGAUGGUUUCCUUGGUGUUUUUUAUUGGCUUUCUUCUUGAGGACACAGUUGCCUGCAACAGAAAUGAUCCUUCUGUUUACAAAGCAUCGACAGUAACACAAGGUUCCCACAAUAAGGCAUGCACUAUACUGUUUAUGGUACUGUACUUCUUCACAAUGGCCGGCUCUGUGUGGUGGGUCAUCCUUACCAUAACAUGGUUUUUAGCUGCUGUUCCCAAAUGGGGCAGUGAGGCAAUAGAGAAGAAAGCCCUGCUGUUCCAUGCAAGUGCCUGGGGGAUCCCAGGAACACUCACCAUCAUCCUCCUUGCCAUGAACAAAAUCGAAGGGGAUAACAUCAGUGGUGUGUGCUUUGUCGGACUAUACAACGUUGAUGCACUACGAUAUUUUGUCCUGGCUCCGUUGUGCCUGUAUGUGGUGGUGGGAGUUUCCUUGUUACUCGCUGGUAUAAUAUCACUGAACCGCGUGCGGAUUGAAAUCCCAUUGGAGAAAGAGAACCAGGACAAGUUGGUGAAGUUCAUGAUCCGUAUUGGUGUGUUCAGCGUUCUCUACCUCGUACCACUCCUUAUUGUGAUUGGAUGCUAUUUUUAUGAGCAAGCAUUCCGUGCUGUUUGGGAGACAACGUGGAUUCAGGAGCGGUGUCGUGAAUACCACAUUCCCUGUCCUUACCAGGUGACACAAGUGAGCCGUCCUGAUCUUAUACUCUUCCUGAUGAAGUACCUGAUGGCUCUGGUGGUUGGCAUCCCAUCCGUGUUCUGGGUUGGCAGCAAGAAAACCUGUUUUGAAUGGGCUAGCUUCUUCCAUGGGCGCAAGAAGAAAGAUUCUGUUAAUGAGAGCCGCCAAGUUCUGCAGGAACCAGAGUUUGCGCAGUCUCUGCUCAGAGAUCCAAACACCCCCAUCAUCCGUAAAUCUCGAGGCACCUCCACCCAAGGAACGUCCACACAUGCCUCUUCCCAGCAAUUGGCCAUGGAUGAUCAGAGGAGCAAGGCUGGCAGUGUCCAUAGUAAGCUCAGCAGUUACCACGGCAGCCUUCACAGGUCUCGCGACGGCAGAUACACACCCUGCAGCUUCAGAGCUCUGGAUGAGCGGUUGGUUCAUGGCAGCCUUCCAAGGCUAAACGACCAGUCACGGCAGAGCAGCCUACACCGCCUCAACGACCAGUCCCGGCACAGCAGUGUCAGAGAUCUGACAAACCCAGCAACACACAUCACCCAUGGCACUAGCAUGAACCGAGUCAUUGAGGAAGACUGCACAAGUGCCUAAGUGUUGCCUCGGCAUCAAAGGCAAAAUGGUUUACAAAGAAAAAUCAAUAAAACUGGAGCCAGAAAGAUCAGCAACCAAACACAAGGAGAUUUCAAAUGGCCGCUUGGAGAAACUUGUUUGGAAGUAUAACAACUGUUGUAAAUUUCAAAGGGAAGGAAGAUUACAAGCUGGUGGACUUAUUCUCAACAUUGUUCAUAAAAAUCCAAGAAUAGGAAUAUUGAAAACACUCAGUUUUUAUAGCCUUGUUAGGACAUCUUUACAUAUGUAUUCUUGAUGCAGAAAUUGAGAGUAAAGACAUUGACCAAUACCCCAUUUUGGAAGAAAAAAGGGUAAAUGUUUGGAUUCUCUUUUGUUUAUAGCUGAACUGGAAAGACAGUAGCAUAUCUGUUGGUUUUCAAGGUACACAUCUCAAACAGACAGAAUCCUAUUGUUGAAAAUAGGAUUUAUUAUAAAUAUCAAAUCAUGUAAUAUUGUGUAGAAGUAUGUUGCAUUUACUUGAAAUAAGCUUGGUUUUGGGAAGGGGCUAGUGCAAGAUCCAUAGCCACUAUUCAUGUCAGGUCAUUGCAAUGCUACCUCAUGGCAUCCUGUCUUAAUUUUUUUGGAGAGGAAUCAUCAUUCAGCUAUUUGGGCCAAUUUAUUAAUCACAGCAUUACUUUAUUGAUUAACUUGUGCAUUGCACUUGAUGGGUGUUGGGCAGAUUGGUUUGUGAACUGAUGUUAGGUGCAUGAUGUUACUGCAGCAGAUUGAUGACUUAAUGUCAUAAUUAUAUUGAUAUAACAGGUUGGUUACCUGCACCAGAUACUAGGGUUCCAGUAAUCUAUGGUAAUACUUGAUCUAAUGGCCACCACCAUUUCUGAAUCCCGGCUUUAAAAUAACAUCUGGAUGAAUGGAUUCUGCAUCUGCUGGGAUUGGGAUCUUCAUCUCCACUGGUUAGUAGCAACUUUGGGUUUAUUAGGUUUACUACCUUGUUGAUCUUUUCCAAACCAAGUUUAAUCUUCAAUUGCAGCUUCUCUGGAAUGAAUUCAGACAAGGUUUUAAAAAGUAAAAUCUGUUUAAGGUCUUGCAAUUUUCUCUCCUGUUGACCAGUUAACUGAGCCAUAGUUCAAGGAAGUGCUUUCAAAUAUUUAUCAGUAUUUUCACAAAGGUGCUAGCUAUAUAAUUAAACCAUAACCCUGCUUUGUAACCUAAACUUUUCUCAUUGUAAAUGACACUGCAUAGCUCAGUGACAGGUCUCCUAUUUCUGAUUCUGAAAGAUUAAGCCCUACUCCGGGGUCUGCACUAAUCUGGAAUAUCAUUGCUGACUGCUGGUUUGGUAAUGGUUCCACCUUUAGCAUGAGACAUCAGUCCAGAGCUCCAUCUGCUUUCUCAUCUUGGCCAAAAAUUCUGGCCGAUGCUUGGUCUCCUCGUCUAUUAUAUAGUUGUAUGCAAAAUAUUGUUGCAAUUCUUAUAUUGCAACAGUGGCUACCGUUUCAGGAAUAUUUAUUUUAUUUUAUGGCAUUGAGGUUGUGGAGGCAUCAUGUAUGUGCAAGUUUAUUUCUUUCUAGGUAGACUAAUGGUCUUAAUUUUAAAAGUGUGGUUAAUGUACUGUAGUGAAACAACCAAGAAGUAUCUCAUCAAGAUCUGAGGCUAUCACUUGUGUUGUGAUCUGGGCGAGAUACUGGUGUCUCCUGCAAUUAUAAUUCCUCCAUAUUUCUGAGGGGAUAGUUAACCUUGGAUGAGUUGAGGAUUUGUUCAUAAUAUAUUUAGGAGAGAGAGUCGCAGAUAUAGUUAGCUUUAUCAGGGCACUUAAUCUGAAGCUAGAGGGCUCUUAAUGGUUUUGACAUUCUUAAUUCUCCCUUCAUGUGUUUGUCCAGAAUCAGUGUUCCUUUCAGCUUAUCUGAAAUCCAAAUUCUGUAGUUCAUGGCAUUCCCAAAAGAAUCUUCUCAGUUUCAUCUACUUGUGUUUCCUCCUCCCAGUCAGAGUAAGGAUGGAGGUUCCCCACUAUCAGCUUCUGUAUUUCCAUGAAUAAUAUUGUGUAGCUUCCACCACACAACUUCCUCUGCCCUUCCAGCUUAGCACUGCAAAGGGACCAAUGUUUCUGUAACUUUAUAGUUUGCCCAACCAUCUCCACUCCUUGUAGCACUUUUCCAUUGCUGCAUGAGAUAAAACACCUGUUCUUUCCCUCAUCCUAUCCUGCCCACCAGGAACCCAAACUGUCUUCCGAAGAGAAGCCACAGUUCCCAUGCAUCUCCAAUUUAAUGUAUUGCCAUCAGUGGUCACGUUAUGGCGCGUGGCUAAGUGGUUAAAGCAUUGGACUAUUGAUUUGAAGGUCGUGAGUUCGAGCCCCAGCUGAUGCAGCCUGUUGUGUCCUUGAGAAGGCACUCCAGUCCACCCAGCUGAAAAUGGGUACCGACAAAAUGCUGGGGGUUAACCUCGUGUCCUAUCUGGGGGGGGGGAGGGGAGGGAACUCUCGUACUCUCAGUCGCUUCAUGCCAUGGAAACCAACAUAAGCAGCAGCCUGAUGAGCAUAUAAGGCUCGGGACAGACUUUAACAUAAGUGCUCAGAGUAGCUCACCUACUUUGGAAAGACUGAACAGAGAUUGGAUAACUUUGCAGAACACCUCAAUUAAAUUCAAGGUGAAUCUGAAAUCAAAUUACUGGAGGAACUCAACAGGUCAGGCAGCAUUUAUGGAGAGGAAUAAAUAUUUGACAUUUUGGGCCAUGACAUUUCAACAGGACUCAGCCACCUGUUGCUUCAAUUCUCCAUCUUAGUCCAAACCUGCUCUCUCUUUGCCCUCUGAUGCUUUAACAGUGUAAGUUAAAGGAACAAUUUGUCAGCUUCCAGGUGGCACAUGGGGCUCUCUGGAUUUGAUAUUGAAUCUAGCAGUUUCAGUUAACUAACUGACCUGUUCUAAAGUAAAAUCAUCCUCCAAAAAGUUUUUUUUUUCCUGCAUACCUUUGUUUUAAUUUCCAGCAAUGAGUAUGUCACAAUUCCAGCAUGUUGUUUUGUUUUUUCUUUUAUAUUCAUUGAUCUAUUAACACCACUCCAUUCCCCCAGCAACUUAAAAUACACUUAAUUCUGAAACAUUUUCAGUUCUGACAAAGGGUUUUUAACUUGAGUUAUUAGCUCUGUUUUUCUAUUUCUACACAAGCUGCCUGACGUACUGAGCCUCCAACCUGAUAGCAUGAACAUUGAUUUCUCUAAUUUCCUUUAAUUACUUCUCCCACUUCUCUCUUUUUCCAUUCCCCAUUCUGGCUCCCCUCUUAUUCUUCCUUACCUUUCUGCAAUGAUCUACUCUCCCUUCCUAUCAGAUACUAACCUUAAGCUCUGUACCUUUUCCACCUAUCCUCUCCUAGCUUCUUACUUAAUCCCCCCUCCCUUCCUGCCCCCCAUCUUAUUCUGGCUUCUCCAUCCUUUCCAGUCCUGAUGAAGAGACUCAGCCUGAAACAUCAACUGUUAAGUCUGCUCCAUAGAUGCUGCCACCCUACUGAGUUCCUCCAGAAUUUUACGUGUAUCGAGAAUGCACUGUUUAGUUUUGAGCUGAAGUCAAAUCAGUGUUCAAGAAAAAGAUUUUCUUUAAGGUUACUGGAGAUCUGAUUUCUCCUUUAAUGGCAAAGGCUGAAUAGCAACAUUUUUAUUUCGUCAGUGACCUGAACUCAUGAAAAUGUUUCUUCCAUUGCUUUUCAAGGGCAAUUUCUUCCUCCUACUUUUCCCAAGUUAAUGUUACUUUAUUACCACUGUGAUCACAAGAUCUUUAUUUUUCAUUUAGCAAUACAGCGCAGAAUAGACCUUUCCAGCCCUUCAAGUCACACUGCUCAGCAACCCCAAAUUAAACCUAACCUAAUCACAGGACAAUUUACACUGAGCAAUUAACCUACUAACCAGUACAUCUUUGAACUGUGGGAGGAAAGUGGAACACCCAGAGAAAACGCACAUUCCGAGAGGAAGUCCUUGCAGCAGACACUGGAAUUGAACUCUGACACUCCAAGCUCUAACAGUGUUGCGCUAACCGCUACGUUCUCAUGGCACCCAGCUCAUAAGAUCCUGUUUUCUUUCAUGACCAGGUGAUUAACUUAAUAAAGCUGUCCCAUCUAUAUAAAUGUGCCCAAGAAAUUGUACUAACCACUCUCAUCCAAGAUAGGCACCAUAUGCAGAAAUCCUUCGCUCUUCUAGUGUCUCCCAUCCCAACUUUUGUUUCAUUGAUAAUUUUUCUUUGCCCCAAAGGUAGGGUUCUAAACAGGAUCCUAACAAAUCAAGGCUUGAUAUAUUUAACAGACAUAUAAAUGAAAAGGCACAGUAUUUCAAAAUCUUAGAAUUUCAAAAGGGAACUAUCAAAAGGACUUGAAAGACAGUUGGACAGGUAAAUAUGAAAAGCUUUGAGGAAUGUGGGCAAAUGGGACUGGCAUCUAGAUUGACAUGAAUGAGUUGGGCUGAAGGGCCUGUUACUGUGCUGUCACUGUAUGAUUCACUGGAGAAGUUGUUCCUAAUCAUUCCUCACAAUUUAAAUCUGAUCAAGCUUUCAUGAAAACACUCCAAUGAAUUUGGAACUCUGAAACAUGCUGUAUUGCUCUAUCAUUUGGUGAACUGAUAGACUUGGGCUGAAAACAAUAGCUGGGAUUAACUAAUUGUGCCACAAAUUGCAUCUUCAGCACUGAGUGGCUCCCUUGGAAAGCAGUGUGCUGCAUCUGUCCUGAUCAUCCUGUGAAGUUGAAUCAAUAAAGGAGGGGAACUGUAUUUUAUCAAUUUUGUAAUGGGUGCAUAUCUUCCUCCACAUCUGCAACAGUUGUGACAACCCACCUAUUCUAAGGCAUCAUCAAAACUCCAGGCCAACAUAAAUUGCGGUCACCACUACCAUCUUGCCAGCGGUUUGUUCCAGGUUUGGGUUGCUAACACUGGUGGUGGCUAUGCUGGGUUUAUGAAAAGCUUUUCAUCUGUCGUAAGCAUUUUGUGCAUCACCUGAGACUGUUCACAAUAAAAUGCAAAGAAAGGCAACAUUAACUUGCACUCACCCCAUAAAGAACUUAUUUGUUUACUAUAGAAUUGUGGCUGGAUGUAUAGUUUGGUAACGUGUCUUGCCCCCACCCACCCCACUCCCCAGGUUUAGCACUUUAACUGAGUGUAUAGCUGUUGUGCAGUAGGUGUAAAUUAGAUUAUUUUUAGAGAGCAGUAGAUUUUUAAUAAAAAUAAAUGAUUUCCCUGUG